AUGUCUGGCAUCUCAAUGGACUGCCAAUUCUCCUUUGGGCCCAACGGCGCUUUCUUCGUCAAGAGCUCGACACUCUGGGCUUGGAGUGACCAUAAGCUUCCAGAGCCUCUCCGGAGUGUCUUGGAAGACACCAACAACCCGUUGCACUGUAAGCAACCACACGAUGUCGCGUUUGCAAUAGAACCAGGGGUCUACUCCAUGUAUUGGACUACGAAAGCGAAUCAAGAGAUGUACGAGGCGGACUACCUACCUUCUUACUACUCCAAACUAGCGGCUUUUAUUGCCAACAAGUCCGCUCGCACAACAUUCGGCCCUAAUCACAGCUACUUCUCUACGACCGAGAGUGGUCUCAGUUGGCAAAACCUUCCAGACGUGCUCGAGACGACUAUUCUCAAUCGUAUCCGAAUCGGUCGUCCUCACACAGUCGCACUCGGCGUCCAAGGAGCUUGGAUCGUGCUAUUCGAAGACGGACAUAUUUCCUUCAGUGUGCCACAACUUCAAAAUCUGUACCCCAACGUCUUCGCGCUCAUCCACAAUGCGGAAGAGAACAAGAAAAGAAAGGGAAUCGCUUAUGUCGCAUUGAAUCCUUUCGCUACGGGUCAAUAUUUCAUGGCUUUUGGCGACGGCAGCUCGUUAUUCACAUUACCCAAUGAGAUGCACCGAGAAGUCCAGGGCGUCGCUGCAACCAUACGUCCCCUCCCAGCGGGCAAUAGUGGAGGGGGGAAUGACGCCGCUGGAUUGAUGGUUGCCUCAGCCAAGUUCCAGUUGGCGGUCCAGCAAAACAUGGCCAUGCAGAGUCUCUUUUACCCCAGAUAUUAA